AUGCGAGUCGCAGGAUUGUCUGCUUUCGUAUCCGCAGUACAAGCGCAAUAUACUUUAGACAAUCUAAGCUUUGGACACAAAGAUGGCAGAAUUUCUACGAAUGACGAGAGCGUUGAUGGAUGGCAACUACUCGGCGAACAGUAUACUCCAUACCUGUUGUCAGAUCGUGUGAUUUUGACGCCACCUUAUCCUGGAAACAAAAGAGGUGCGAUUUGGUCUAUCAAUACGAUGCCCAAUACUGAAUGGGUGGGAGAGCUCAAUUUCCGGGCGUCAGGGGAUGACAGGGCUGGAGGUAACAUGCAAUUAUGGUACGUUAAGGAUGGGAAGAGCUCGGUGGGCACAAACAGCCUAUAUACGGUUGACAAGUUUGACGGGCUUAUGCUUGAGAUCGACACGUAUGGCGGCCGAGGCGGAGUGAUACGUGGGUUCUUGAAUGAUGGUACAAAGUCUUUCAGAGGGCACCAUAGCGUGGACGCUUUAUCAUUUGGCCAAUGCGACUACCCGUAUCGCAACACCGGGAAGUUUUUACCUUUGACCGUAAAGCAAACGGCCAACGGCUUAGAAGUAAUGGUAGACGGAAUCCCGUGUUUUCGAAGCGAGCAGGUGAUCCUGCCCACGGGCUAUCAAUUCGGAGUCACAGCUGCAUCUGCGGAGAAUCCUGAUUCAUUCGAAGUAGCGAGCUUCAGGGUCUCUACGACUGGAUCUACUACUCGUGAAGAACCACGACGAGAUCAACAACAAAACCAACAAGCAUUUAAGCAGCCUCCAUCUUCACGAGGCAACAACAUUAUCCCGGACUCUCUGGCAGAAGACAUCAAAACUCAAGAAGCCCAGUUCAAAGACUUGCACGACAGGCUACAAGCCAUGACCUACCAAAUCGGCAUUCUCCAUGACCAAAUCACCAAGCUACAUGAACAGCAAGCAGCAAUCCAGGUCGAGACCAAUAAUCAACUUCGCCCCAUAAAUGAACGUGUGAACGAAGCCAAACAAGUGCAAAGUCGCAUUGAGGACAGAGUGAAUGAGAUCAAAAAGGACAUCGAAAGCAAAGACUACAAAGACAUGAUCAACGCGUUACAGCAAGCGGUCACUGCCGGGCAUAGCAACAUGAUGCAGAACCUCCCCCUGCAAAUGGACCAACUCAUGAGCAAAAAUGGUCCUAAGCUAAGCACUUUUGUCUUAAUCAUCAUUGCCGUCCAGAUAAUCCUUAUUGGUGGUUAUAUAUUGUACAAGCGAAGGCUGAAGAGCAUGCCUAAAAAAUAUUUGUAG